AAGAGGAAGAAGCAGACGGGAAGUAACAGAAACCACAAGUAAACACACCACAUUUAAUAUAUUACAUUAAUUAAAAUAAUAUUAUAUUAUUUUGUAUUAUAUUAAAUCCCUUAUUUCAUAAGUCAUUCAUAUUUCUCUCUUUCUCUCUGAGAGAGCUUCAUUUCCAUUUCCAUGGCCAUGGCCGCCUUCCCCCUCCGGAAACUCCUCUCCGAAUCCGAUUCCGACACCGACUCCGCCGUCCCCUGCGCCGUAUGCAUCCACUGCGACGCCGACGACUGCCUCACUCCGCCGCCGCAAACCGUCCCCCACCACCGCAUCCCCACCGUCCUCAUCCUCAUGCUCUGCCUCCUCGCCCUCGCCUUCCUCCUCCUCUCCUACCUCACCCUCGCCCGCUAUCGCAAUUCCCGCCGGAGACUCCCCUCUGCCUCCGCCUCCGCCGCCGCCACCGGGACCGACAACGACGACGACCAGGUUCCCAUAAUUGAGGAUUAUAACCAAACCGCCGCCGCCAGUGUCGGCGUCGAUCACCAUGUCUGGCAUAUCCGAACCGUCGGAUUUCCGCAGGCGGUGAUCGACUCGAUCGCCGUUUUCCGAUUCCGGCGGGGCGACGGUUUGAUCGACGGCUCAGAUUGCUCGGUAUGCCUAAACGAAUUCGAAGAAGACGAGAGCCUCCGGCUCCUCCCCAAGUGCAGCCAUGCAUUCCACCUCUCAUGUAUCGACACGUGGCUAAGGGCCCACAAGAAUUGCCCGGUUUGCCGGGCCCCGAUUAUGACGACUAAUCAAGAGAAUCUUGGACAUGGUGAAGGAAAUCAUAUUACAAGCCACAUUGUAAGGGAAUCAGAAUCCGAAUUAGAAACAGAAGUACAAGAAUCUAGGGCAAUCCAAGAAGGCCCGGUCGGGCCGGGUAUAACAAAAUCCGGGCCGGGCUUGGAUUUAAGGAAUGUGAAUUAUUUCGAUUCAAACUUGAGAGUGGUUAGCGAUUUGGAAGCCUCUAGGGUGAAAAUGGAUCGAGAUUGGACACCAAUUAGAAGAUCGGUUUCUUUGGAUUUUCAGGCAGUGGUAAAUAAAGAUGAAUGGUCGGACAAAAAGGGGUGUAAGAAUUCGAGAAUUUAUAGGAUGUUAAAAAGCGCUUCUUUCGGAAGAUCCCUACAAAAAGGACCGGUCUCGAUGAAGAGAUCGCUUUCGUUAACAGGAAAGCGAUCGAUGAGGAAGAACAAUGGUAGAAGCAACGGAGUCAUUUUUGCGGACAAUGUUGUGAUGCAUAAAUGAUUAAUGAUUUAAAUUUCGAAACCCAUCGAAUAUAUAUAGGUGUUGGAAAACCUUGCAAUAAUUUGAAGGGUUUAAGGUUUGAGUCUCGUUGCAUUUUCGAUGAAUUUGUUGUUGUUGUUAUCGAUGAUGAUGAAAACAUGAUUAGUCUAUGUAUGUAUGUAUGUAUGGGAGAAUAUGGAUGAUCAAUUCAUUUGAUU